ACUUAGUGCCUCAUACUCUGGCCUGGAGGAGAGCAGACUGAGCCCAAUGCCCAAGAGAGCCAAGCCCACCUACCUGGCUAUGGACAAAGAGAACCAGAUUAUCGGCUAUGUAGUGCCCAUCUUCAGGGGCAGGUAAACCAGUCAACAACCUUUGAACCUUAGCGAUUUUUGAUUUCAGCGAGUGGUUCUGACCAAUGACCAUGAAAAUGACCCCACUGCCCACUCCCCUCCCUGGCUUUGCUCCCCCACCCUAGUCAGGAAUAUGCCAGUGGGUUUUCGGAUACGGAGGAGGCCCGGGUGAAGGAGAAUGCUGGAUACAUGGCCCGGAGGAAUCUGUUCACCAGUGGGUUGGAGAUGGAGCGGACGGAGCAGACGUCUAGGAAGGUGUCCAUGCGCGAAUCAGCCGAGCGCAUUUCCCUGAGCAAGAGGGUUAGUGCAGGAUCCUGAUGUCAUAUAGGACAGUGUGUUCCUUUGUCACAUCACAUUGAGGAAUACUGGAUAAUACUCUCCCUCCUGUCAUCAUAAUGGGGAAUAUUUUGUCUUUGUGACGUCAUAGAGGGUGGGAUUCCAUUGUGACAUCACAUUGGGUAAUACUGGAAAAUACUCUCUUUCAUGACAUCAUAAUGGAAUAUACUUAGUUUGUUGACUUCUGACUGGACAAUUCCUUCUCUUGUUAGAUCACAGAGCGACGUUAUUUCCCUCAGUGACAUCAUAGAGAAUAGUAUUUAUUUACCUUUGUUACAUCAUAGAGAAGAAUAUUCACGUUUGUGACAUCACAGAGGGAACACCUUAAGAAAUCCAUUAGCAAAGUUUCACAGGAAAAGUAUUGCCACGAGCAAUGUUUCAAUCCAUUGAUUGAUUCUACUCUGCUUUCCAUCCCCUUGGAAGGUUAUUUGUGUCCCUCAUUCAAAUGUUUAUGUCAAGGAAUAUCCUGCCCUAAUCACUCACGAGGAUCAUAAAAGUUACAGUAACCAUUGAGUGGGGCACACACUGUAUUUAGACUAUCACCCCUCUGCCAACACUCCAUGCCACUGGGUGAGACAUUCCUCAGGAGCUCUGGUUUCUUAAGACACAGAGAGUGUUCAGAGAGUGCUGUCGGAUUAUGUGUUAAGGGUUAUUGGAUCCACAAGUAGGUUUUCAUACCCAUAGUUAUGGGUUAGGACAUAAAUCAAUCAAUCUAAUCAAUCAAUUAGGACUGUGACACAUGCUGCGUACAGAGAAGUGCAUGGAGUCUGCAUAUGUAAAGAGGUCAGAGGCCCGAAUCCAUAACUUGAUAUCAUCACAUGUAUUUUUACUUUUGUUAUUUGCACAGAUAUCAAGUUUGGAUUCAGCUCUAAGAGACUCAUUAACUAGCAAAUGCCUUGUAAAUGCCUUGCGUUUGCUUCAAGGAUGCAUCGGGAAUUCUUUAUGAAUUUAUGGGGAAUGCCAUGUUUUCUGCAAGGGUUCUGGAUGUAGAGUGUUUUACUGUUGCACCAUGGGAAUGUGUUAUGAAUGCCUUACGAAGGCUCUAUGAAGGCUUAAUGAACACAUUGAUCCCCAGAUCUAUGAGAACGAGGAGUACCACAAGCGUAUGAACAAGGAUAGCCUGAUGCACGCCCCUGAGUUUGUGAUUAAGCCUCGCUCCCACACGGUGUGGGAGAAGCAGUGUGUGAGGCUGCACUGUACUGUCUCUGGAUGGCCUGACCCACGGGUUGUCUGGUGAGUAUUGCAUACACACACACACCUCCCUGGAUACACCUUGACAUGACCAAAUGAUCACUAACACAAUACACACCAAAUCAAUCCCUUAUGGAUAGAGCAUCAGCCAUUGCUGCCCUCUCAAUCCUUUCCUCAUGUCAUUGCACUAAAACACUAUAAAACACAGUAUAAAUACUUCUCUGGUGUCUAUCUAGCUAGCGUGCGUCUCUAUCCUGAUUCAGAUCUGUACCUUUAAAUUCUAUUUUCCUGCUUUUCAUAUUUUUCUCUGCUUCUCUCCUCUUCUCUUCUCUUUCCAUAACAAGGUACAAAAACAAUGUGACAAUCGACCCAAUGGCCCACCCAGGCAAGUAUAAGCUAGAGAGCAGCUACAACGUGCACUCACUGGAGAUCAACAGGUAGGCACAAUCCCAAAGCCACAGGGUCUUCCGGUAUGUAUCACUCGUCUCAGAGUAGGAGUGCUGAUUUAGGAUCAUUUUAGCCUUUUCGAACACAGUGAAUAAGAUUACAUGGACAGACGGGCACCUGGUCCUAGAUCAGCACUCUUACUCUGAGACGCUUGAGACAUACAUUUCCAUGUCUUCUCUGUGUGGCUCAUUGCUGUGUAUUAACAGAUACUUUCAAACAAGCCACAGUCAUCUCUGGCUGUGGUAAAAUGUCAGUGUGAUGUCACCACCACGUCCCUUUAACACCCCUUCAUGGUGUAAUACAAUCGCCACUCUCAGGAAAGGCCGUGUGGGGCCUGUGUGUGUGGGCACACUGACAACCAUGGGAAUGUUUGGAUGGGCUCACAUUGUGAACUCGAGGGACAGUGGAUUGUGGUUGUUAGAAGUAUGAUUUGAAAUGUGUGAAAUCGAUACCCCUCUCUGACUCAAGCUCUGUCCGUCUGUCUGUCUGUCUGUCCACUAGCCUGUCUGCCUGCCUGCCUGUCUAUCCGCCAGUGCCCUGACUAGCUCUGUUAGCCAAAGACAGACACCAGAAAGCUGUUGGUGAAGGCUAUACAUGAUCCGAGACAUUUUGCAGCUUGCAUUUCGAUAACAAAGAGGACGUCUAAAGAUAACCCACUCCCUCGCCAGAGGAAUUAUUUGGAGAUAGAGGGCCCCUGUUGUGGCUUAUUUUAGGCCACUUAACAAAGGACUAAACACUUAAGUGUCUCAUGAGCUGUGUCAAAUGGAGAGAGAUAUUCUUUAGGUUUUCUCAUAGUCCUCCAAACUCAACCACACAUGUACAGUGAGGGAAAAAAGUAUUUGAUCCCCUGCUGAUUUUGUACGUUUGCCCACUGACAAAGAAAUGAUCAGUCUAUAAUUCUAAUGGUAGGUUUAUUUGAACAGUGAGAGACAGAAUAACAACAAAAAAAUCCAGAAAAACGCAUGUCAAAAAUGUUAUAAAUUGAUUUGCAUUUUAAUGAGGGAAAUAGGUAUUUGACCCCCUCUCAAUCAGAAAGAUUUCUGGCUCCCAGGUGUCUUUUAUACAGGUAACGAGCUGAGAUUAGGAGCACACUCUUAAAGGGAGUGCUCCUAAUCUCAGUUUGUUACCUGUAUAAAAGACACCUGUCCACAGAAGCAAUCAAUCAAUCAGAUUCCAAACUCUCCACCAAAGAGCUCUCCAAGGAGACCAAAGAGCUCUCCAAGGAUGUCAGGGACAAGAUUGUAGACCUACACACGGCUGGAAUGGGCUACAAGACCAUCGCCAAGCAGCUUGGUGAGAAGGUGACAACAGUUGGUGCGAUUAUUCUCAAAUGGAAGAAACACAAAAUAACUGUCAAUCUCCCUCGGCCUGGGGCUCCAUGCAAGAUCUCACCUCGUGGAGUUGCAAUGAUCAUGAGAACGGUGAGGAAUCAGCCCAGAACUACACCGGAGGAUCUUGUCAAUGAUCUCAAGGCAGCUGGGACCAUAGUCACCAAGAAAACAAUUGGUAACACACUAAAGUGUUGUGGUCAGAUGAGACCAAAAUCGAGCUCUUUGGCAUCAACUCGCCGUGUUUGGAGGAGGAGAAAUGCUGCCUAUGACCCCAAGAACACCAUCCCCACCGUCAAACAUGGAGGUGGAAACAUUAUGCUUUGGGCGUGUUUUUCUGCUAAGGGGACAGGACAACUUCACCACAUCAAAGGGACGAUGGACGGGGCCAUGUACCAUCAAAUCUUUUGUGAGAACCUCCUUCCAUCAGCCAGGGCAUUGAAAAUGGGUCGUGGAUGGGUAUUCCAGCAUGACCCCAAGAACACCAUCCCCACCGUCAAACAUGGAGGUGGAAACAUUAUGCCUUGAGCCACAGCCAAGGCAACAAAAGGUGGCUCAAGAAGAAGCACAUUGAGUGGCCUAGCCAGUGUCCAGACCUUAAUCCCAUAGAAAAUCUGUGGAGGGAGCUGAAGGUUCGAGUUGCCAAACGUCAGCCUCGAACCCUUAAUGACUUGGAGAAGAUCUGCAAAGAGGAGUGGGACAAAAUCCCUCCUGAGAUGUGUGCAAACCUGGUGGCCAACUACAAGAAACGUCUGACCUCUGUGAUUGCCAACAAGGGUUUUGCCACCAAGUACUAAGUCAUGUUUUGCAGAGGGGUCAAAUACUUAUUUCCCUCAUUAAAAUGCAAAUCAAUUUAUAACAUUUUUGACAUGCGUUUUUCUGGAUUGUUUUGUUGUUAUUCUGUCUCUCACUGUUCAAAUAAACCUACCAUUAAAAUUAUAGACUGAUCAUGUCUUUGUCAGUGGGCAAACGUACAAAAUCAGCAGGGGAUCAAAUACUUGUUUCCCUCACUGUAGUGUGUAGCUUCCUCUCUAUAGAAAGUUGAAAAGUAUGUUUCCAUGAUAGAAUCUAACCACACAUAACAUUCAUACAGACACAUAUACCACCUGACACAUGAUGACAUCAUCACAGUGUCUAUUUAUUCCCAGAGUAUUCCCGGCCUGGAGUUCUGGAGCAUUUUACAGUCCCAGCUCACAUAGCUGUGUGUUGAUUUACGCGUCCUAGCGGGGAGGGGGUGGGUAGAGGGUAUUAACGUACACGUGAACCAUUAGGAGACAGAAACGUGUGUAUCCGGGACAUUGAUUCACCUGGUCCUCUCUCUCUCUCUCUCUCUCUCUCGCUCUCUCUUUCUCGUUUCAGAUGUGAUUUUGAUGAUACUGCACAGUAUCGUGUUUCUGCCAUGAACAGCAAGGGAGAACUCUCUUCCUUUGCCUCCAUCGUUGUUAAGAGUAUGUUUCAAUGCUAUCAAUAUGUCAGAGUAUGUAAUUACCUCUAUUAGAUAACUCGUCAUAUUGUGCCUCUACAAUGAAUUAGAGUAGACAAUAAUUCCCAUGAUUACCCCAUUUAGAAAAUCACUGUCCUUCUAAGUGCUGCUCUCACAAAGUUUAUUGUAAGUUUAAAAGAAAGAAAGUCAAUUCUUUGUUAUUUCCUAUUUUUAACAUGUUAAUAAUAUGUACCUAUUUGUUCAUUCUACUCUAGGAUUCAAAGGAGAGGUAGAGGAGGCUCUCCCCAUGCCCAGACGUAAGUCAGAGGAAUAUCAUUUCAUAUAUAUACUCAUACUGUAUAUACUCAUUCCUCAAUACUCAUAUACAUGUAUAGUAUUAACAUGAAAAAUAUAUAUACUAAUGUAUACUAAACCGUAUUAACAUAACCUAUUUACAGUAUGCUAAGCUGGGGGUGGGAAGACCUGGGGACUCCAUGGGUGCUAUUGCACUAACAGCUUUUUUGUUCCCUUGACACUGGGCACAGCAAGGUCAACAGACAACGAAGGUAACAGGUUCUCUAAAAAAGCUCUGCUCUUGUUUGAUGACAUUUUGGUCAACUUGGUGUAUUCACUGAGUGUCACUCAAUGUGUAUGCAUGAUCACUAUUUGUGCAUCUGUUUGGAAAGAACCUGUGAUAAUACCUUAAUAAUAAUCGUUGAAUUGCCUGUGAAAGAUCCACAGAUGGUUCAGCGUGACAAACGUGCCUCUUUUUUUAAUCGUAAACAACAGAAUACUUGAACAUUUUGGCAAGUAUGAGGUUUUUGAAAUUGUAUGUCAUAGUGCCUUGGAAGUUAAAUACUGUAAACUCGAGUGUGACAUAGAGAAGCUAUGAAACAAUAUAGAGAAAAAAACACUGUAAUGUACAACCUGGAUAAUAGUGAUUUGAGAGUAUAGAUUACUGUAAUCUGAAGAGCAUCUGAUUAGCUGCAUACUAAUUCAGAGGGGUUUGUUUAAAUGCGAAAGACACAUUUCGGUUGAAUGCAUUCAGUUGUGCAACUGACUAGGUAUCCCCUUUCCCUACAUGGCAACAAAGCCUGAAGAGUUCUAGUUUUAUCUAAACUCAAUUGUUGUUGAUUAGUCAUAUUAAUAAUCCAUUUUUAAAUAAUAUUAAAAUCUAAUUAGACGCUAAGAUUGGAUAUAUGUUGGAUUGAAGUCUAAAGACUUCUAGGGUUUAAUAUGUCAAAUGUGCAUCACUGUCUACUGCAUGAUGUGCACCUUAGUUUCCCCAGUGUGGUUUGUACACACUGUAGUGAGUAUUUGGUGUUGGAACACUGUACUUAAUGAUGUUAAUGGGGUUUUUAUGUUGUCUUUUGGGUACAUCAAGGUGUUCCUAUUCACACCCCUGUGUGUUUGCAUAGUUUUACCUGAGUCUGUGUGGGGUUCUUUUUAUGUCACUUUCUCUUGGGAGGGAAUGGAUCAAAUGUAAUGCUACCAGAUAAUGUUAAGUUACAUCAUCAAUCAUACCAAAAUGUCAAAAAUUAAUUGUGAAAAAUGCUAUAAGAGAUAAUGACUUGCUUUUUGGACACAGAUGCUUAAAAGUUAGCAUUCCGAAGAACAGUUAAUUGCCCUUUGUUUGUCCAUCCCUUGGAUUGGAACAAUAAUGCACGCAGGUGUCCGAAUUUCAGGUGUGUCACACCACACAGUGUUGCAUGAUGGGAACACAAUGGUGACCUGAACUCUGACCCCAUGUUGUUUGGUGCUCCUUCCUGUCAGAUGGCAUGGUCUCUGAGUAUGGCAUCACCUUCGAGACCCACAUCGUGGAUGGGUUUGGCGUGUCGUUCGGACGGGAGGGCGAGACCAUGAGCCUGGGCGCCACGGUCAUCAUCUCCCCCAACCUGGCACGCUACCAGCCUGAGGUUCAGUGGUACAGAGACGGUAGGUGAAGCCCCAGAGCUCUGGAAACUCUUGGCAGUGUUUGAAUAAGGUUACAUGGACAGGCAAGAUCUGAUCCUAGAUCAGCACACCUAUUCUGAGAUGCUUGAUACAUACGGCCCCUGGGCUAUGGAGAGAGACAUUCCUGGAGGUUCCUUGGCUGAGACCUACCCAGUUGUCAUCUGUGUGAUGCAUUAGGCCGCUGAUACUGUAUGUUCGUCUCCAUGUCUAAGACUCGCUGACAGGCAGAACACAUGAGACUGAGAGCUACUUGAGAUUAUGUGUAUGUAAGCUAUGAUUAAGAUAUUUCAGAAGCCCACACGUAUACUGUACAUAUGUCAUAUGUGUUUAACAUAUUACAAUUAGUCUGUACCCUGGAAAGUCAUGCAGGCGUAGGCCCAAUUGAACCCUGUAAAACGGGUAUUCAACUGGAGGUCCACGGCCCCGCUAGGGGUCCACGGAGGUACUGAAGGGGGUCCUUGAAAAUAUACUAUAUAUACAUAUAUCACAGGAGGUUGGUGGCACCUUAAUUGGGGAGGACGGGCUCAUGGUAAUGGCUGGACCGGAAUAAGUGGAAAGGUAUCAAAUACAUCAAACAAAAUGUCUCCAUGUGUUUGAUGCCAUUCCAUUUACGCCGUUCCAGGCAUUAUUAUAAGCCUUUCUCCUCUCAGCAGCCUCCAUUGAUAUAUACAGUGAGGGAAAAAAGUAUUUGAUCCCCUGCUGAUUUUGUAAGUUUGCCCACUGACAAAGACAUGAUCAGUCUAUAAUUUGAAUGGUAGGUUUAUUGGAACAGUGAGAGACAGAAUAACAACAAAAAAAUCCAGAAAAACGCAUGAUGUAAAUUGAUUUGCAUUUUAAUGAGGGAAAUAAGUAUUUGACCCCUCUGCAAAACAUUACUUAGUACUUGGUGGCAAAACCCUUGUUGGCAAUCACAGAGGUCAGACGUUUCUUGUAGUUGGCCACCAGGUUUGCACACAUCUCAGGAGGGAUUUUGUUCCCCUCCUCUUUGCAGAUCUUCUCCAAGUCAUUAAGGUUUCGAGGCUGACGUUUGGCAACUCGAGCCUUCAGCUCCCUCCACAGAUUUUCUAUGGGAUUAAGGUCUGGAGACUGGCUAGGCCACUCCAGGACCUUAAUGUGCUUCUUCUUGAGCCACUCCUUUGUUGCCUUGGCGUGUGUUUUGGGUCAUUGUCAUGCUCGAAUACCCAUCCACGACCCAUUUUCAAUGCCCUGGCUGAGGGAAGGAGGUUCUCACCCAAGAUUUGACGGUACAUGGCCCCGUCCAUCGUCCCUUUGAUGAGUUGUCCUGUCCCCUUAGCAGAAAAACACCCCUAAAGCAUAAUGUUUCCACCUCCAUGUUUGACGUGGGGAUGGUGUUUUUGGGGUCAUAGGCAGCAUUCCUCCUCCACCAAACACGGCGAGUUGAGUUGAUGCCAAAGAGCUCGAUUUUGGUCUCAUCUGACCACAACACUUUCACCCAGUUCUCCUCUGAAUCAUUCAGAUGUUCAUUGGCAAACUUCAGACGGCCUUGUAUAUGUGCUUUCUUGAGCAGGGGGACCUUGCGAGCGCUGCAGGAUUUCAGUCCUUCACGGCGUAGUGUGUUACCAAUUGUUUUCUUGGUGACUAUGGUCCCUGCUGCCUUGAGAUCAUUGACAAGAUCCUCCCGUGUAGUUCUGGGCUGAUUCCUCACCGUUCUCAUGAUCAUUGCAACUCCACGAGGUGAGAUCUUGCAUGGAGCCCCAGGCCAAGGGAGAUUGACAGUUAUUUUGUGUUUCUUCCAUUUGCGAAUAAUCGCACCAACUGUUGUCACCUUCUCACCAAGCUGCUUGGCGAUGGUCUUGUAGCCCAUUCCAGCCUUGUGUAGGUCUACAAUCUUGUCCCUGACAUCCUUGGAGAGCUCUUUGGUCUCCUUGGAGAGCUCUUUGGUGGAGAGUUUGGAAUCUGAUUGAUUGAUUGCUUCUGUGGACAGGUGUCUUUUAUACAGGUAACAAACUGAGAUUAGGAGCACUCCCUUUAAGAGUGUGCGCCUAAUCUCAGCUCGUUACCUGUAUAAAAGACACCUGGGAUCCAGAAAUCUUUCUGAUUGAGAGGUGGUCAAAUACUUAUUUCCCUCAUUAAAAUGCAAAUCAAUUUAUAAAAUGUUUGACCCCCUCUCAAUCAGAAAGAUUUCAUUAAUUAAGGACCAGCUUAGAAUGUGUUGGUAUUCUUCUUAUCCCCCCCCCCCCCCCCCCCCCCCUCUCUCUCACUCUCUCUGUGUUUGUCAUUAGCAGUGUAGAUCUGACAAUGUUAUCCAUCCAUUAUAACCUUAUCUCUCUCUUCUCUCACUCUGUUUCUCUCUCCAUCAGAUGUUCUUCUGCAGCCCUCCAAGUGGUGUCACAUGCACUGGAGUGGAGACAAGGCCACGCUGACCCUGACACACCUGAACAAAGAGGACGAGGGGCUCUACACCCUGCGCAUCACCACCAAGUCUAAAUAUGAGACCUACUCUGCUUACGUCUUUGUCAGAGGUGGGGACCUUACCAUGAGCAAUGCUGAACAGCACUGUUGUCUAUGUCACGUUAUCACUCCUCCUCAGUCCCUAACAUGCCUUGUUUACUGAUUCACAAGAUGAACUGAUUUCAUUUUUCACAUGCACAGUGUGUGUGCAUGCGUGCUUGCGUGCGUUGUGUUUUGAGUUCGGACAGAAUGGCUUCUUGUUUACCGCCUCUCUGUUUCCAUGAUGGGCCUGUCUCGUGUUCUGUAUAGCGUGCGGUCAACAGUUGAUCAAGGUCAAAGUCACCUUAGCUGACACCAGAUAACAAGGACUGCCCGUGUGUGUGUGUGUGUGCACAUGCGUGUGUGUGUACGCGUGCGCAUGCGUGCGUAUGUGUCUGAAAGAGAUAUUGGAGUUGAGCCAUAGCGGUCUCUAGCUAAUCCUACCACACACAAUGGAAAUUGCCCAUUAUGACCACAAAGACAAUCAACUCCUGUCACAAUCUCUGGCCUGGUUUUGUAUAACAUGGAAAAAAUGAUACAGCCAACUUGUUCAUCUGUUAGUGUUGGUCGCCAGCACUAAGGUACUGACCUUCUCUGUUGUUCCAUGUAACUCAUUCUCUUGCUAACAGAGGAGACAUGUGCUCUGUACAGAGUGUGAACAUGAUGGAAAUAGGCCUUGCUCUCUCUGUCAUUGUUCAGGGUCGCAUUGUAAAGGAGAGGCCAGGUACACUGUCUGUCUGUG